AUGAUCAUGGGCCCCAAGAAAAUCUUUGUAGCCUACAUGGCUUCCACUGCUGCAGCCCUUUCCAAUGUUGUUGUUUCUGCGACUACCAACACCGUCCUCGCUUGGCCGACUUCUCUCCCUGGCCAUGGUAAUCUCGACGUCAAUAUCAGCGCCAUGGCCCUCGACACGGGCUCCACCGUCCUGCUCGACCUGAUCAACACCAAUGCGAUUCCUGGUACCUUCAGCCUCACCAAGGAGGGCAAGACUCCCUGUGUCGACCCUUUCAACUUCGACGUCACCGACUCGGUGAAUGGCAAACUGUGUCUGGACGGCAACGUCACCUACGAGAGCGUCAAUCGCUGGCUGCACGGCUUGUCCCAACUAAACCUCGACGCGAAUCCCAACGAGUCUAGCUUGCAUUACAAUAUUGAGAUCAAGUACAUGGUACAUGUAUCGAUGCCCCGUGUGAUCUAUUCCACUCGAAUGGCCCCGACGUUCAUCUCUCCAACCGACCUCAACGCUGUUAUGGCGCCGGUCAUUCUCGCCGGCCCAGAUAGCAUUCAACCCUGGCUCAACAGCCUCGUCAGACGAGCUCGCCACUCGGGUUGCCAACACAUUCUCUUCCCAUCCAGCUCGCAAAGCAAAUCGUUACCCCUCCACCAGUUCCAACACCGCGAUCAUCUCCAAGGCAUUCAAAACAGGCUCCAGAGAGAAACGGCCGGCAGACUUGUGAGGGAGAGUGUGCCGGGCUAUAUCUGGGCAUAUAUGCUUACGUUGGUGGUCCAUCCUGACGAGCUCUUUGCGGAUCCAGCGCUCUCCGUAGGCAUUGCGCAGGUGGCGGCGGCGAGGGUUCCUGAUGCGCCUGUUACGGAACGAGAGUGGGCCAGGCUGAGUUAUGAGCUCAAGGGCGCGUGUCCGGAUGAUUAUCCCACCCGUGCCCAUUAUGAGCAGGGCCAAAAGUGGCUGAGCACCGUGACCAAGAGGCAUCGUCUCGGCCAGGGACAGGUUUAA